AUGAGUGCAUCAAAUGAAGGUCAACUUAUCAAAGAAAAAUAUAUAAAAGACUCACAUCGUCAAAUACAAGAUUUGAGUAUCAAAAUUCUAUUUGGACGAUUGAUGUGUGAUAUGGGUCAAUGGAAUCAAUCACAACAUUUCUUUCAACAUUUAUUAUACGAUUCUAAUAGCAAUAGUGAAGACCUCGCGAAGCUUGAACGUAGUCUUGGUGAAGUUCUUCAAUGGAAAGGAGAAUGGACUAGAGCACGAAAAUAUUAUGAGUGGGCUUAUGAUCGGAUGACCAACUCCAAACCAACACGGAUCAAAGAUUCAGCAGAUAUACUCUUUAAUAUUGGUGAAAUUACGUAUCUGGAAGGAAAUUAUGAAGAAGCUCAGGAUUAUUAUGAACGAGCAUUGGCAAUACAUAAGGAAGGAAAAUAUGAUGAAGCUCUUAAGACUUAUGAACAAGCUAUGACAAUCCUGCAAAAAUAUUAUCCAUUUGAUCAUGUCGAUAUCGCUGAUAAUCUUAAUGGAAUGGGACACGUUCACUAUGGACAAGGACAAUAUAAAAAAACUGUGAUGUUCCUUAAUCACAUCGGUAAUGUUCUCAUUGAACAGAAAAAGUAUGAUGAAGCCUUGAAGUUCUAUCAACGUGCACUGGAAACACAAGAAAAGUAUUAUCGAAAUAGUCAUGUGGAGAUUGCAGCAACCCUAGAUAAUCUUGGUACAACAUGCCGUCUACAAAAACGUUUUAUUGAAGCGAUUGAAUAUCAUCAAAAAGCAUUAGAAAUUCAAGAGAAAUAUUAUCCAUCAAACUGUGUCAUCAUAUCCAAUACUAUGAAUCGUAUCGGUCAUGUUUUGUACAAUGAAAGAAAGUAUGACGAAGCUAUUCACUAUUAUCGACGAGCACUUUCAAUGCAAGAGAAAUCGUAUCCUGAUGGUCACAUUGAAACUUCUCAUACUUUAAACUCUAUUGGUAGUGCUCUAUACGAACAAAAGAAGUUCGAUGAAGCUCUUCAGUUUUAUCAAAAAUCUUUGACUAUUCAAGAAACAUAUCAUGAACUUUUACAUAUCGACAUCGCUAGGAGUCUGAAUUCUAUUGGUAAUGUUUUAUAUAGCCAAGAGAAAUAUGAUGAAGCUAUUCAUUUCUAUCAACGAUCAUUAGAUAUCCGAGAGAAAUUCAAUCCAUUUAGUGAUAUUGGCAUCGCUACCGUGCUGGGCAACAUUGGAAGAGCUCUUUAUGAACAAAGAAAGUAUGAUGAAGCUAUUGACUUCCAUCUACGAGCACUAACAUUUCGAGAGAAAUUCGAUACAACUAACCAUGAUGAUAUCGUUGAUAGCCUGAGAAAUAUUGCCAAUACUCUAAGCGAACAAGAAAAGUACGAUGAAGCUAUGGAGUUUCAACAACGAGCAUUAAUGAUACGAGAGCAUCAUUAUCAUUCUGAUCAUGUUAAUAUUGCUUACACUGGUUAUAAUCUUGGUCAUGAUUUUAUACUUAUGAAUAAUGAAUGUUGUGUUAUGCAAAGAGAAUAUCACACUGCUAUAUAA